UAUUUUCCUUUGUGAUAGGAUCACUCUGAUUUUACAAAAACUCUUCCUCUCCUCUCAAUUCUUCACUUCAAUAAUAUUAUUUUUCUAUCAAUCCUUCCCCUGUUUCAAUCCUCUCUCAUUUUGUUUAAUUAUAUUUGUAACGAUUAAUAAUUUUUUAUUAUUGAUAUACAAAAAUACGCAUAUUAUGUGUUCAUACAGUAAUACUCAAUUAACUAACGGCUGUAUCUUCGUUAAAAAUUAGGAAGAAAGAGAAACCAAGCCAGUAUUUUGAUGUUAGAUCAGAUAGUCUUGAGACACAAUCACAAGAAUAGGCAAUGGAUUUGGAGUCAGUGAAGAGAUAUCUGGAGAAAGGAGGAGGAGUAGAAGAAAAUGAGAAGAAGCAAGGAUCAAGUUUUGAUGGGUUGCCUUUGAGAUACUUUGAACGCUUUAUAAUGCAAGGUCUUCAUGUUGAUCUAAUUGAACCUGGUCGUGUCGUUUGCUCCAUGAAAGUCCCUUCUCGGUUACUGAAUGGUGCUAAUUUUUUGCAUGGUGGGGCCACUGCCAUGCUGGUGGAUUUGGUGGGUUCAGCUGUAAUAUUCACCACCGGAGCUCCAUUUACUGGAGUUUCAGUUGAGAUUAAUGUUUCAUACUUGGAUGCUGCCUAUCUUGAUGAGGACAUUGAGAUUGAGGCCAAGACUCUACGUGUUGGGAAGGCUGUUGGUGUUGUCAGUGUUGAGAUUCGGAAGAAAAAUACUGGGAAAAUUAUUGCUCAGGGUCGUCAUACUAAGUACCUUGCUAUGACCAGUAAAAUGUGAGAGGCCCAACAAAUAUCAGUUUGCCUGAAUACUGCAAACCGACUUUCACUUGUAAUUCCUACAUUUUCAUAACUAUUGUACUUUUCAUAUAAUAUCUGCAAAUAGAUGUGUUGUGUACAUGCUCUCUUAAGAGAGAGGAAGAAUAAUGUUUGAGUUAAGAUUUUUGUCAGAUUGACUGACGGUAGUUUAUAUCAGUUAUUCUGCAGAAUAACUAACAUAUUAAAUCACCCAGCUGUGGUGGCCAAACUUUUCACUAGUUUGGAGAAGCGCCAAUGGUUGGAUAUGUUUUCGAUUUAUCUUAUUGAAAGAACUUUUAUGAUUCAUGAACAAA